GUAUCUUCAACGGAAACCCCACCAUAAGGCCCCAGCGAAGCCAACUCCUAAACCCUAGCCUCUUCCCCGCCCCCGCCUCCCAACCCCCUCGGCUGCCGCCGGCGAAGCGCGCGGGCGAGAUGGUGCUCUACCUGCUCUUCGAGUCGGCGUCGGGGUACGCGCUGUUCCACGCCUAUGGCAUCCGCAAGAUCGGGCAGAGCGUGGAUGCCGUCCGCUCCACCCUGCUGGACCUCAAGCGGUUCAGAAGGGCCAUCAAGCUCGACGGGUUCACCCCCUUCAUGUCCGCCGUCGACGCCCUCAGCCAGUGCAACGCCAUCUCCGAAGGGAUCAUGACCGACAAGUUGAGAAACUUCCUGGAGCUCUACCUCCCCAAGGAGAUUCCGGGGAAGAAGGCCACGUUCACCGUCGGCGUCAUGGAGCCCAAGGUCGGGUCCCACAUCACCGAGGCCACCGGAAUCACUUGCCAGUCUGACGACUAUAUCCAGGAACUGCUUCGUGCAGUGCGGCUGCACUUCGGUCAGCUGUUUGACAAACUCAAGCCAUAUGACCUGGAGAAGUCUCAACUAGAUCUGGGGCAUAGCUAUAGCAGGGUAAAGGUUAAGUCCAAUGCGAAUCGUGUGGAUAACAUGAUGACUCAAGCUAUCUUUCUGUUGGAUACACUUGAUAGGGAUGUCAAUUUCUUCUCCAUGAGAGUGAGGAAGUGGUAUGGGUGGCAUUUUCCUGAGCUGGUAAAAAUCGUGAAUGACAACUACCUUUAUGCUAAGCUUGCCAAGUUUGUAGUAAACAAAUCUGAUUUGUCAGAGGAAGACAUUCCAGCUUUAGCAGAUCUUAUUGGAGAUGAGGACAAGGCAAAACAAAUAGUUGAAGCAGCAAAAGCAUCUAUGGGCCAGGACCUUUCGCCAGUUGGUUUGAUCAAUGUCCAACAGUUUUCUCAGAGGGUCAUGAAUCUAUCUGAUUACCGUAAAAAUCUCUAUGAGUAUCUGGUGACAAAGAUGAAUGAUAUUGCACCAAAUCUGACGUCAUUGAUUGGCGAAAUGAUUGGAGCUCGGUUAAUCUCUCAUGCUGGCAGUCUUUCAAAUCUUGCAAAAUUCCCUUCCUCCACUCUCCAGAUACUAGGUGCCGAGAAGGCGCUGUUCAGAGCUCUUAAAACAGGUGGAAACAUACCGAAGCAUGGCAUCAUAUUCUACUCAUCUUUUAUUCGUCGUGCAUCGACGAAGAACAAGGGAAAAAUGGCUAGAUACCUGGCAAACAAAUGCUCAAUUGCUUCACGCGUUGACUGUUAUUCAGAUAUGAGUAGCUCCAUUCUGGGUGAGAAGAUGCGUGAACAAGUCGAGGAGAGAUUAGACUUUCUUGAAAAGGGGGUUGCACCAUGCAAGAACCUUGUUGUAAUGAAAGCUGCAGUUGAGCGUAUGACCAACACAGUCUCAGAGGAGGAUAAGGAGGAGAAUGUUGGGAUAUUUGCCAAGAAAAAGAAGUCCGAAACUGAGACUGAUGACGACACCAUGGAUCUUGAUAAGCCUGCUAUGCACUCGACGUUGUGCACCUGAUUGGCCAUCGUAGAACUGUAGUACCACAUUCUGCCAGUAGAAUGCCUGUGUUUUGCCAUGGUCUUUUGAAAUAUUUUGCCGGAGGUUGUAUGUAAACAAUGCAUGUUAAAUUUCACGUGUAAAGAAAAGUCAGCACGGGAACAUCCAACUAAAAUCUUGUACGAAUUAAGAUUAACUUCAUGCGUUGAAGAAGCUAGCUAUACCGGGGCGCGGCGUGGCUGUCGAUACAUAAUGUUAAUAACUGGUUACUUUCUUGUAUGCAGUGAAUAGAACUGUGGUCUAUUCAAUCAAAGUAACAGAACUGUGUUGAUAA